ACAAGCACACGAAGAUCGCGGCCGAAGGCUCCAACCGACUUGAGUCGGUGCUGGUGGGAUUCGACGAGUUAGUUCGCCGCCAGAGCAGAACGCGUUUAGUAGGAAUCCGAGUGCCUAAAUCCGAGAUUGUGUCCAAAAUUAGCAGCGCAGAAAUAAAAUUACAAAAACUUUUCAAGUACUCGUGCAACCAGAGACCCAAACCCCACAAACCCCCAAAACCCCACCCACUGGUGGGCGGAAAUCCAGCCCAUCCGAGUCGCCCACACGAGCAUUUGACUUCUGUCACCUCCGAAGUGGAAAAGUCGUCGGUUGUUGAUUUUCACCUGUUGAUUUACCCUUUUUGCGGCGUCGGUCUUCCAGCGCCUAUAUAAACAAAUGCUCCCAACGGACCUGCGUUUAUUCUGCAUUGUCACACCUAACGGUUGAGAUUCGCCAGCGGAGAAUAAAAUACAAAAAAUAAUUUAAAGCCCAAUCAGCAAUCUAUUUAGUGGCGUUCAUUAGCUGGCUGAAGCUCUAAUUUGACAUUUAUUUUUGGAACAACUCAGUAAAAAAGUACAGCUACAGUAAAAAGUACAGUUACAGUGAAAAGUGUUAACCGGAACUGUCAGAAUUCGGGAUCAAGUGUCAAAAACUAGACGUAUCUGUCAAAGUUUUCAAUUGUUUCCGGUGAAUUUGGACAAAGUUGAGGAUGUCCGCCCUGUCCGCGCCCACCACAUGUGGCUGCUCGCCCGUCCACUGGGCCAUUGUCAUUGUGCUCCUGUCAGUGGCGAUUGGACCGGGAGACGCCAUGGCCCGUCCAGCCCGCAACACGCAGUUGUUGUUCAGCGAGCUCCUGGGGGGCGAAAACGAGGACAACAACUACUACGGCGACCAGUUGAAGUUCCAGCAGCAGCAGCAGGAACAGAAGCAGCAGCGGGUGCCAGCCUUCGCCAGGAAGUGGCCUUCGUUGAGGGAUCUGCUGCUCACCGUGGACUACGAUGACUUCGGGGUUACCCAGGAGAGCGAGGAGCAGGUGGCGCCCAGUUCCCGCCUGCUGGCUCGACUGCACAGGCUCGGCGAUAACGGAGGCGGCGAGGAGCUGCGCUACAACGUCGUCAACGAUCUGACCAACAUGCCCAGCAAGAAGGUGCUGCCAGGACAUCCCCUCAAGGAUCACAACACCAAGAAGAACGUUCAGUUUCGUAAACAAUAUAUGUCGCCUUGCCACUUCAAGAUCUGCAACAUGGGACGCAAGCGCAACGCUGGCUUCAAUUCCUACUGAAGAUACCUAAUGCUUUAGAUCCGCAACGCCAAAUAAGCCAAACAAACCAAAGUCAAAUAAACCCUUUCCAAAAAUCAAAGAAUUUGCAUUGUCACACACACACACAAACGCUGGACGAAUGUUCAAAUGCCAAGUAUUGUCUACCGUUCUAAUUUAGUUAACAACCCGUGCGGAAUUUAGUUAAAAACUACGAUUACAUUGUACUUAUACAUAAAGUCUCGACUUACAUACACUGACACACAUCUGAUAUCCGCUCUCUGCACACCGACACUCACACACACACACACACACGCACACCGAAGUAUUUCCAUAUUAGUUAUAAUAUAAAUAUUAUCUAUGAUUCUUGUUGUAUUCGAAAUACAUUAAAUUAUGAUAACCAACACAAUGUUGCUAGAUAUUAAGCCCAAAAUACAUACUACUGAAAAAUAUUUAUUGAAAACAAAACAAACAACAUACAAGAUUGA